UGGGACGACAUCAUUUGGAUUGACGUCGAUGCAGGGUUGGAGGCAGACGAUGGAGGAUUCUCACUUGGCUUUGCCUCAUGUGAAGGAAUUGGAGGAGUUGCUAAACGGACGUGAAGUAUCUUUGUAUGGCGUUUUUGAUGGUCAUGGUGGUCCUGCAGUAUCCGAAUGGAUUGCGCGGCACAUGGUACCUGUAUUGGCUCGAGAGUUGAAGGCAACGCAGACUGCUCCACCGGCUGGUUUGCCAUCGCAUUUUGAGAAGGAUAUUAUUUUGUUGAGUGAGAGUCUAUGUAAGACGUUCAUUGAAUUGGAUGAGGAGAUGCAGACAGAGGGGGGUAGUGAGGAGGAGGCUGUACCCGAGUUGCAUGCGCAGGUGUCGACGGAUGCAUGGAAUGGAGGUGCUUCUAGCCGCCCGGCAGUACCGGACACAUGUGGUGCGGCAGUGGUUUUAACUGCCAUUGUGGGCGGGGAGAUGCCUUUCCUGAUUACGGCGAACGCGGGGGAUUCAAGAUGUGUACUUUGUCGUGAUGGUAUUGCCGUUGCGCAAAGCCAUGACCAUAAACCACACCUAUACAAUGAACUGAAUCGUAUAGUACGCGCUGGAGGCUACAUCGAACAUGGGCGCGUUGACGGUAAUCUCAAUCUCUCCCGCACACUCGGAGACCUAUUCUACAAACGGAACAAAACACUCAGACCGGAACAACAGAAAAUCACCGCGUACCCCGAUGUUAUGAUCACCGGCAUUACACCUCAAGACCAAUUCAUUAUCAUCGCAUGCGAUGGUAUCUGGGAUUGUCUUACCAAUCAGCAAGCCUGUGAAUUCGUACUCAGUAGACUAGGAGACAAUCCCACACCUCAACAUCUCUCCGCCAUCUGCGAAGAGAUGUGCGACACCUGCCUCGCCGGCCAUCCAAUGGACUCCGAGGGCGGCAUCGGCUGUGACAAUAUGACUUGUAUCAUAGUGCUUUUGAAUGAUGAGUUCAGAGCCCGAGGCAUCAAGGGCAGCAAUAGCGCCUAUUAUAAGAAGCCCGAAUAG